AUGUCCAAAAUUUAUUCUUUAUCUGAUUUGAAAUUUAUUAAACCCAAAACAUUAAAAUCAUGGUUCACAAAUGGUUCAUCUCCCCAUGGUAAAUUUUGUGUUGUUGAUGUACGAGAUUCUGAUUUUGUUGGAGGUCAUAUAAAAGGCUGUUAUCAUUAUCCUGCAGCCAAUUUCCACUACACAUUGAAUGAAUUAUAUCAAAAAAUAUAUCAGAAUAAAAUACAAGAUAUUGUUUUCCAUUGUGCUUUAUCUCAAGUAAGAGGUCCUUCAAGUACAUUAAAAUUCUUGCGUGGAAUUGAUGAUAUAACCGAUUCCAAAGUAAAGAGUUAUUUCAAUGAUGACAAUAUUCAAGUAUACGUGUUACACGGGGGCUUCACAAAAUGGCAAGAAGAAUAUGGGAACGAUAGAGAAGUGACAGAGGCUUAUGACCAAGAAAUAUGGGAGUUUGGAUCCUAG